UUCAAUGCAGCUAAUGGAGUUGUUCUCGGGUUAAUUUUAGCUAAUGUUGCUGUAUUUACCAUGUGGAAGAAUUCAAACCGGAAAUGGAUGGCGCGAAAUUUUUUGCUAUCAUCGUACACCUUUAUGUCUGGACGAACACACACGCUGAUAACUUCGGGGUUCAGUAAUGUUGGAACCAGUCAACUCAUCGUUAACAUGAUUGGACUCUACUACUUUCGGACCAGCAUCGCAAGAACUUUGGGACCGGUCUACCUUUUGAAGCUUUACUUUGCUGGAUCACUUGCUGGCUCUGUUCUCUUCAUAAGUGUGCAUGGUGUUUAUGGCAAUACUCAAGAGCUACGGAGUUUCAUUCAAGGAUCAAUCAAAACUAAACCUUUUAUUUCUGGGUGCUGAGGGACCUGUAUAUGCCAUUACACUACUUGAUAUCUUCCUCUACCCUAAAGUUACUACAUACUUUGCGUUUAUUUUCCGGGUACCCGUAAUGAUUGGAAUCGUAGGCCUAGGACAGGACCUUUUAAAGGUGCUAGAGGACUCCCACUUAAGGAUUCCCGUUGCGGAUGCUCUUAGUCUGGAUCAACUUCUUGGAAAUUGCAGGGGAAGAAGAGUCUCACCAUGGCUUCGAUUAACAUGGGAGGAGGAGCUAUGGUUGCAGCCAUUGCAUGGAGGCAGAUUAGGAAAGGUCGACUCUGCUACUGAUUGGUUUCAUUACUGGUCCAUGAACUGGUCAAUGAAGGAUUUUCUGUAAAUGAUUCAA